CAACAACAUCGUCCGUCGUCGUCUUCUUCUCCCUUCUCUUCUUCCCGUCUGUCGUCUUUCCCACGCUCGUUACCUUUCCCAUCUCACAACCACACCACCCCCCUCCCCCCCCCCCCAAGCAUCCGGUCUUUUGUGAGCUUUUCAUCGGCUGCUGUAGUCCUUUUACGAUCCUUCUGCUCGCUGCAUUAUUCUAUUCGUCUUGAUUUCGAGUUUAUAUUUUUUCACCUUUCCCUUUUUUGACUCCCAACUAAACGAACACAAACGUUCCACAGGAAGGAUCAGGGGGUGAGUCCGUUUCGUCUUCCCCACUCCUCCUCAAAUACACGCUGCAUUCCAUCCAUCCAUCCAUCCAUCCAUCCAUCCUUCAUCAAAACAGGACUCAUCUCCCUUUGUCAGUGUCUGUCCCUCAAGGAUCAACAAUCGCGUCAAUGGUGGAUGACUAGGGGAGGAUCCAUUUAAUACGGAGGAAAAGGAAACGUCUGUCCCUGGUGAACUAGACUUCGAGAAACGGGGUUUCUUUUCGAGAGAAACAAUAGGUGGGAAAAUAUAUUCGUGAACUCGUUGCUGGCCCUCUCGUUCGACACCCCAGGACUCCAGUAUUGGAAACAACCUCCAAUAAACCAUUAAGGGCCUCUAUUUCCAGCAUUCUAUUUUCCGUCAUUGUUUCUUUUCUCUUCGUCCCAACACUCGGACCGCCUCUCGACAUCCCAAAAAUGAAGUUCAUAUAUCAGGGCCUCCUUCUGGCCGUGCUUAUUGGUAUGGGCACUACCGAUCCAGUCCGCGUUGUCCGCCAAGUGCCAAAAGAACCACAAAUACAAGUGAACAAGACCGUCGACAAAGGCUGCUACAAGUCCAGCAAGCCACUGGAGGAUUUUGGUGAAUAUACGUGGCAGUCAACUGGACACUGUCAGCAAAUAUGCGUCAGAAGUCAAAAGCCCGUGAUGGCGCUUUUCAGCGGCUCCAAUUGUUACUGUGGAGAUCAAAUACCACGAGAGUCCGACAAGACGAAGAUGUCUGCAUGCAAUUCGCCAUGCGAUGGAUGGCCCUCUGAUACAUGCGGAGGAGAGGAGGCAUUUCAUGUACUCCUUACUGGCUUCAUGCAGGAGAGAUUCAUCCCAGUGCUUGGAGGAAAAUCUACAACAGCGGACAGCUCUAGCAGUACCCAAACUUCCUCCACCUCCAAGAAUGGAGGACCUACCGUCGUUGUCACCGCUGAUAGUGAUUCCGGAAAUGGUCCAAACAAAGCCGGUAUCGCCGCUGGCGUGGUCGUGGGUGUCGUUGCUCUAGGUGCCCUAAUCGGUGGUGGAUUCUUCUUCAUGAAAUACAAGAAGCGCAAGGCCGUGGAAGAGGAAUAUCGUCGCAAUGCAACGAUUAGCAGUUUCGUCUCUGGAGGGAAACCGGGCUCUUCUCAACAUACUUCAUUGUCCGACUCUCGCCUGGAUCCAGUCAUGAUGUCCCAACGACGCCAGAGCAACGGCAGUAUCGCUGACGAUCAAGAUUUCUCAAGGAGAAUUUUGAAAGUCACUAACCCAGACGGUGGUCAUUAUUAAAUGAAUCGACCAAAGGAGCUGGCUCAUCGAUUUAACCAAUAAUUUACCGCCAAAGAUAUUCUCUCAAAAUAGCGAACAAAUUUCUCCUGUUUUACCAAAUCUCAAACCUUACAUAUACGCUCGUCCUCAUCAGCUUUCUUUCCCCUGUCCGAGAUACCAAUGCCUUCUUCGAUUUGCAAACACUGAUUUUCUCGCCCUGAAAUCCGCGUUCUCCCUGUGCAUAUCCAUACGUUUUUCGCUCCUGCUUAAACCCCCCCCUCGCCUCCUACUAUUCCCUCAAUCUAUAUUCCGAUUGAAUCUUUACGAGCCUUACCCCACAACUGUUUCCGGCGUUCUGGCAUUUGAAGCGUGACGAUGCGGACGAGUUAGUUGUCUACAUAAACCCCCAACCCCAUUAUUUACCGACACCCGUUGUUACACACCUCCUAUCCUAGUAGAAAGCAGCUAUUCAAAACACAGUAACCCCCCGCUGCUAGGUUUAUAUUGUGCUUCUGAUUCACCCUCACCUCCACUAGUGAUAAAUCAAAGCUGACAGUCAACCAAGUGAUGAUAAUGGAAAGGUUGGCAAUAUUUAUAUAUGGCCCUUAUUUUGUUUUCCACCCCUGCCCUC